UAGGAAAGUCAGGUUUUUUUUGUUGCUAAUGGUGGAUUUGCCAUCUAGGUGAUUUCUUCAACUAUAUGUGAACUAUCUUUUUGCCUCUAACUGGUGUCUCAUUGUAUCUCCAGUUUCCAAACCUCACAGUCUUCCGAAAUAACAUUUUCCAGAAUCACAUGGUUGGAUUAUAACAUGUCUUCGAAUUACCAAUUGCUAGAAUAAGUUUACUUCUUUACUUCUGUUAAUCUACUGUUAUACCCAGAAAUAAUUUCAUCUCCAAAAAUUAACAAAAUAAACCAUUUCGCUCUUUAAGGUUUAAGUGGCACUUUGUGAGUUUUGCUGCCGCAUCUGUCUUCCAGUUACUUAAACUCGCACAUAACAGAAAUUUCAAACUCAGUAUACCUCUUAGAAUUCCGAGUUUAAGCUAAUGUGGGUUUAUCAUGAGUGUUUCUUGUUGGAGUCAUAUCAUCAUACUCGGAGGAGCUUGAUCUGGAAAAAUAAUUUUCUGAAAUGUUGGUGAAUAGUGUGUAUGGAUAAGGUUUUUCUGCAUCUGCAUGUGGGAGUAUGCUAAUAUGUAAACUUCUCCCCUCCAUCUCUGCGCUUAAUUAGUCACAGUUCGCUACCUUGCUAUUCUUUAAAGCAACCAAAGUUCUCUUUCCUGUGACAGGAGUCUCGACUCAUUUCUUUAUUAUUCCAAAGUAAAAAAUUUAUUGAGAUAGGUUAAAUUAGUUCUUCUUUUACCGAAAGUUCGAUGGGUUGCUACCUCUUUCUAAUAUAUGCUAUGCUAUGACAUUCACUGGCCAUGGGAGUUAUACGUGAGCUUCAGAGGUGCUAUCCCAUUAAAAGAGCCCCAAUGAGAUUACGGCUCACCAUACCUGAAGAGAAUGCAUGUUCUCUUAUGAAAAAGCUCAAUGCAUGGAAUGCAGAAAUUGUUUCGAAAGUUGAAUCUAAAAAUCAGCUGUCUUUGAUCUGUGAGAUGGAGCCUAUUUUACUCGGAGACUAUGAUGUUUUUGUUAGGAGACUCCACGGUAGGUUAGAAAUACUUGCUGUAUCAGUGCACUUAGAGAAGGAUACCAAUGUUGAGCAUUACGAUGACCACUGGGACGUCAUUGAACCAAGUCAUCAUCCUCUAGUACCACUAAGCACUGAAGAAUUAGAUGAGAUCAAGUUAAGUGAGGUAUCACAGAAACAGGCCAUUUCCCCGGGAAAUGGAGCCGAUAAGAAACAGUCGAUUUCCACAAGAAAUGAUGGCGCUGAUAAGAAGUGCUGGACUUGAAGUAGUUGAGGUGAAGCAAAGAAAAUGUAGUACGUGCAAUGCAUUUGUGGGGGAUGCUAAGCAAUACCGUGAACACUUUAAGAGUUCAUGGCAUACGCAUAAUCUGAGGCGAAAGACAAGGGAACUCCCCCCGCUCACAUCCGAUGAAUGCGUGGAAGAGAUGGCCUUGGUUGUAGCGAAUGCUUCGAAGUAUGAUUUGAUAGAGUAUACAUCUUAAUAUCUGUUCAUCUUUGGCAGUGAUACUAACCACAACAUGUAAUUCCCCUACUUUGUUUUAUAAAAUGGGAGCUAAUUGUGAAAAGAACAGUUUGUUGAUAAAUUUGAUAUUAACAAGAGAUGAAUCAUUUGUCCAAACUUUUUGAGAACCUGAUAAUAAUGGCCUGUCAUUUGUCUGGCUCUGCCACUACUU